AUGUCGCUCGAGGUUAUCUACGUGACACGGCACGGCAUGCCUCUGCUUCAACCGCAGCGGAAACCGGCUGACCUCGCUGCGUCGAUUCUGCAGUUCAGGUCCAAUUGGCUUGUGGACGCCUCUGGCAACUACUCGUCCUACCUCAAGUCACCUACCGGCAUCGCUACUGAUCCAGCCUUGACAUCACAUGGCGUCGAGCAGGCCCAUGAGCUCGCUGCUCACCUGACGAGUCUUGACCCGCCCGUCGAGCGGGUCUACUCCAGUCCUUACUACCGCUGUCUGCAGACGGUCGAGCCCUUUGUUGGCUUGUGGGCUAAGUCUGCCAGGACUGAUGCUGCCAACAAGCCCGCCAUCCUAGGUGAGGCUGGCCUGUCCGAGUGGUACGGUUCUGCAUCGUUCGAGCACCCAACCUCUGCCACCAGCGACAGGCUGGCCGAGCUGUUCCCGGCUUUCGACAGAUCCUACGCGCCGGCUGUGUUGCCGUCGAGGAUGGGCGAGUCCAUCGCCCAGCUGCACGACCGUGUUGCCUUGACCAUGGACGCACUCAUCAAGCAAUGCGACGAGGCAGGCGUGCGGGCUGUGCUGCUCUGCUCGCACGCGGCUACUGUCAUUGCUCUGGGCCGAGUUCUGACCGGGAACAUGCCCGAGAACGUCGAGGCCGAGGACUUCCGGGCCUUUACCUGCGGCUUGUCUGUAUUCAGAAGGCGUCCAGCUGCAACCUGCGACAACGCCGGCGAAGGCGCUGCCAUGUCUGCUCCGCGCACCCUUGGAAACGUUCGGACGCCAACUUCACAGGCUACUGCAAGCCCUGAUGGUUACAGUAAGGACCUGGUCGAUCCUUCUUCAGCAGAAGUGGAUUGGAAGGACGGGAGAGGAGUUAGGGGAGGGUGGCUUUGCGAAGUAAACGGCGACUGCAGCUUUCUCUCGGGAGGUGAGGAGAGGGGAUGGCGCUUUUCUGGGGAUGAGUCUUUCGCAAACGCUGGCCAGAAUAGCGCGCAGCAAGACGCAGGAGUGGAGCUCGGGGUCGUUGUCGAGGGGAGGAGUCGUGACCCCAGACUGUAA